AUGACGUCCACUACUGGAAGUUGGAAACAAGCACUUAAAGCAACUAUGUGGAGAUUACUUCAAUUUUGCUUAUUUGUAAUUGUGGCUCCACCGUUAUUAAAUUUUGCCUCAAUCAAACGUGAGAGCUCGCUUCUCUCCGAACAUGGUUUGCCAUACGACGUGGGAUUUAAUCAAAAAUUAUUUUUACGUUGUAGAGGAAAGGGCGUACCAACAGUUAUUUUGGACUCACCAACAGGAUUUGGUUCCGAUGUUUGGCUACCUUUACAAGAUCAAUUGAAAGAAAUCACGACGGUAUGCGUUUAUGAUCGAAGUGGCAUUGGAAUGAGUGAAUUGCCAACAUCUAUACCCAAAGAUAAUGCACAGAAGGAAGCCGAACAACAAACAAAUAAAGUACCAAAAAUGGGUCGUGGUAUGGAAUUUACGAUCGAACGCAUGGCCGAAGAUCUUCAUCGAUUAAUAACAUUUUCUAGUCAUCAAAACAAGCCGUUUAUACUCGUUGGAACAGAGUUAAGUGGUCUUAUAGCUCGAUUCUAUGCACAAAUUUAUGAAUUGUACAACAAACUCAUUCCACAUUUUCAUAUUUUACAACUAGCAGCUGCGACUGGAAUUAAUCGUCUUCUAUUAAUAAGUGGUAUGAUGGAGACACCACUGAAGAAUACUAUGAAUGACAGUAUCAUUUAUCGUCAGCGACAUUUAUUAUGUAAUCCACGUCAUAUUGGAUCAGCAAUUCGUGAGCAUUUUUAUAUGAAUGAAACGUUUUCUCAAAUGAAAUUGGCGUGGCGAAUGAAAGCAUUUCCUCAAAAUAUUUCGGUGACGAUUGUAACAAAACGUAAAUAUGACACUCAUUUGUCAGAUUCAUUGAACAAGGCUUGGGAUCAAUCACAGCAAUAUCUUCGUGAAAAUUUAUUUCGUAACCGUGUUCAACAUAUUACAUUGGAUUCAAAUGAUAAAUAUUUUAUGUUCAAUAAGCCGAGUUUACUGUUUUCAUCAAUAAGCGAUGCUAUACAUGAAUGGAGAAGUAAGGGACUUGCCUGA